CUCUCUGCAAUGGUAUGAAGACUGAUGGCAGGAACAAGCAGAACAUUUUCAUCACAAAACAGAAGAUGGCAAGAUCUGACGAGGUUGCACGAGUCAUUUGUAUACACUGAAGGUACUUUCUAGGCAGCUGAGACAAUAGCAGAGGAACAAGUUUUUGACAAAGGCCCAGGAAUAAGAUGGGGGAUCACUUGAUAAACACAGAGAUCAAUGCACAGCGGAUUGCAGCAGUUGAAAAUUGCUUCGGAGCAAAUGGCCAACCUUUAGCCCUGCCUGGGCGGGUACUUGUAGGUGAGGGAUUAUUGACAAAAAUCUGUCGCAAGAAAUCAAAGGCUCGAAUGUUUUUCUUGUUCAGUGACAUCCUGGUGUAUGGAACUAUCAUCAUCCAGAAGACAAAAUAUGCUGGCCAGCAGAUAAUACCCCUGGAGAAUGUUACUGUUCAAAGUCUUGAAGAUAGUGAUGAGCAGAAAAACCAGUGGUUGAUAAAAACGUCACGAAAAUCAUUUGUGGUGUGUGCCGCAACCCCUCUUGAAAAGGAAGACUGGAUGAGGCAUAUUACCAACUGUGUUGAACAGCUAUUGGAAAAGACAGGAAAGACACCAUCUACUGAUCAUGCAGCUCCUUGGAUACCAGACAAGAUGACUGAAAUCUGUAUGCGGUGCACACAAAAGAAGUUCAACACCAUCACCCGGAGACAUCAUUGCCGGAAAUGUGGCUUCGUUGUGUGUCAUUCUUGUUCAAAGCACAAAUUUCUUAUGCCGCAGCAGUCCUCAAAGCCUUUAAGGGUAUGCACACUAUGUUACCAUCAGUUAGUGGAAGAGAAGAACAAAGAAUCCCCCUCAGAAACAAAAGCAGAUAAGACGACUGGUCAGAAAGCUAUGGUUGCUAGCAAUGAUGAGGAUAGUGAGAAAUCCAGUGAUGAUGAGAAACCAGAGCAAUGGCCAGGACAGGAGCAGUUCUUUUCAUCAGAUUGCUCUUGGUCCUCUUUCCACACUGAGUCAUGAGCAGAGACAAUCAACUUAAUCAGCACAAUGCAAUAGGUUAACAAAUUUGCUUCAAGUAAUUUUGCAGAAAAAUACAUAACUUAAAACUAUAGUUUCACCAUAUGCUAACUCGAGUAGAGGCAUUCCUGAGCUUUACAAGGCAAAGUAUGUUUUUCUUUGCUGCUGGAUUCUGUGCAAACUAGAGAUAUGACUAAUUUGAAAAUGUAUGAAUAGCACAAUUUCCCACAGUUUAAGUCUUCCAAAUUGAACAAAAUUAUGUGAAUGCUUAUGUAUUUGAUGCUGUGUAUAUUUCUGAAUGAUAUAGUUUGGGAUGUUAUCUGGUUUAAUUUUUGGUCCAUCUAAGGAUAUAGCAGAGGAACUUAACUAGUUGCUGCAACAUUG